GUGUGGAUAUUGAAAUAUUAAUAUCGAUGCACAACAUCUCUUGUUGUGCCAUCUUUGGCUUAUGGUCAGAUUGGCAUUGGUGGAGCAAUUUUGCAAUGGCUCUUUUAGAGUAAACCAGUGUAUGUGCGACCAAACAAACAGAUCAUAAUUGAGCAUCAGGAAAAUGUGUGCACAAGAAAAAGUCAUGAUGAUUUACCUGAUAUGUUUGGUGAUGUACAAAUGUCAAUAAGCUCUACCGAUGCCAAUCAAGAGCCAUUAGCUUUGUCACAAGAUACAGCACAAUCUCCAUUUUCAUUGCCUGCAGAGACAGCACAAGCUUCUUUACAAUCAACCACUGAUUUUCAUGCAGUUUGUGUACAGAAUACAUCAGAACAAUCUUCAUUUUCAUUGCCUCCAGAGACAGCACAAGCUUCUUUACAGUCAACCUGUGAUCUUCAUGCCGUUGGUGUACAGGAUGCAUCAGUGGUGCAAGAAAUUCACCUUGUUGAAGAUGACAAUUUCAUGUUCCAAAAUUAUCCCAAAUUGAAAGAAUUGCACCGCUUAAUGAUUCACCAUGAUAUUAUCGAUGUUUUUAAAGAUGCAGAAAUUCUUAAGCACAGGUUGAACAUCACAGUUAUAAAUGCAAAUGGCUACCCAAAAAAAGGAGAAGGUGCAGGUGUGCUGCGUGAUGUUCUGACAAAUUUUUGACAUGAAUUCUUUAUAUCACUUAGUGCAGGUGGAACUGAGAAAACGUCACACAUUCGACACGAUCUUAAAAAACCAGAAUGGCAAGCAAUUGCCAGAGUUUUAGUGUUUGGAUAUGAAAAAGCAAAAUAUUUUCCUGUGCAGCUGUCACAAUUCUUCAUUCUUUUCUGCUUGUUUGGUGAAGAAAGUCUGGGCAAAGAAUCUCUAGUGCAAGCAUAUUGUUACCUGCCAGCAGACAAUGGAGAGAUUCUAGAUAAAGUGCAGAGUUGUGAAUUAGAUCCUAACGAUGAAGACCUAUUGGACUUUUUGUCAUCCAAUAAGUGCUAUAAAGCCCCCACUAAGGAGAACAUUGCCUCCAUAGUACUUGAACUUGCACACCAGGAACUCAUUCAAAAGACCAGAUACAUCACAAAUUGUUGGCCGCCAAUUUUAAAAACUCUUCAGAAUGAUGCAAACUCCAUCUUUGCAACACCACAGCAAGUUGAACAGUUCUAUGAAGAAAAACACUCAACAGCCAAAAAGGUUAACAAGCUUUUUAUUGCUAGUGUGAGUACUGAUGCUGAACGGCAGAGCUUGGAUUUCCUAAAAAGAUAUGUGAAAUCAUUGGAAAAGCAGGCUUUUGAAAGAUUUCUGCAUUUUUUAACUGGUAGUGAUGUAUUGACAUGUGAUUCAAUUGAAAUUACAUUUACAACCCUUCAUGGCUUUUCACGACUGCCUAUUGCCCACACAUGUGGGCAAACCCUAGAGCUACCAACAACCUAUGAAUGCUUUGCACAACUGGCAGAAGAGUUUACAAGCAUAAUGAGAGAAAGCACAUCAUGGUCAUUUGAGAUUGUGUAAAGUUGUUUUUUAUUAUUUUUCACAAUAUCAAAUAGUUUUGUUUAAUAGUUUUGUUUUGUUUGAGAACUGACAGUUUUUAAAAAAAUGUUAAAUUUUUCAUCUAUGAGCUUAUUUUUGGCUUGCAUUAUUUUAUUAAAAUAUAUUUGUUUCAUUUCUUAAA